AUACAAGCGAUGUCACAGAUGGAGUAUUCCAAAUUAACAUAGAUUGAAAAACCCUAAUCUGGACUCUCAGUUCAGUUUCGGCCGACCCGCCGGAUCAACCCAGCAAAACUCACCGCUUCUCCAAUUUUUUCUGUAAAAAAGGGGGAAAAAUCUAGUUCUUCUCGAUUGAAACGUUUCUUAAGGUGUAAACCUUAAACCCUAAACCCUUAACCAUCUAUUUUAAUUGUUCUUCAAUUAUUCUUUAAACAAAGAUGCAGCACGAUGAGGUCAUUUGGCAAGUUAUUCGCCAUAAUCAUUGCAGUUUCAUGUCAAAAAUUGAAACUGGAAAAUUUUGCCGAAAUCCAUAUAAUGUAACCGGUGUUUGUAAUCGGAGCUCGUGUCCUCUUGCUAAUAGUCGAUAUGCCACAAUUCGGGAACAUGAUGGAGUAUUUUACUUGUACAUGAAAACUAUAGAGAGAGCUCAUAUGCCUGAUAAGUUGUGGGAAAGAGUUAAAUUGCCCAGAAAUUAUUUGCAAGCGCUUGGAAUCAUUGAUAAACAUUUGAUGUUUUGGCCGAAAUUCCUUGUGCAUAAAAUGAAGCAACGAUUGACAAAGAUGACUCAAAUGCGGAUACGGAUGAGGAAGCUUGCUUUAAAGACUAGGGAAAAGAUAAUGACAACUCCUAGGAAGGAGAAAAAGAGAGAUGCUAGAAGAUUGGAGAAGGCUGAGAAAGCGGCAUUAAUAGACAAGAAAAUUGAGGAAGAAUUACUUGAACGACUUAAAAGAGGCGUCUACGACGACAUAUACAACUUUAAUAAAGAAUUAUGGGAUAAAAUUCUUGACAACCCUGAAGAGGAGCUUGAAGAGGAACAUGAGGUGGAGUAUGUGGAGGCUGAUGCAGAACUUGAAGUAGAAGACGAUGAUAUAGAGGAUUUUGGCAGAUAUACAAUGAAUGACCUGCAGGAUGACGAUGGUGAAGAUGAUCCAGAUGAAGAUGAUGACUCUUCAGAACUUGCUUAUGGAAAGAGAAGUCGAAAAGAAUCAAAUCUCGCAAGGAAGAAGAUCGAGAGAAAUGAUCCUACAUCCAAGUCAAAGAAGAAAGGAAAGGUUCUCGUUGAGGUUGAGCACGAAGAUGCUGAAGACAGACAGACGACAGUUCAGUGAUAUUACGUUCGAUUUUGUAAACUAAGUUUAGGCUAUGCGACUAAUGACAAGCAUCGUUGACAAACGAAUUUAGCUUUAAAGAGGUCUUGGUAACUUAUCGCUGUUUUUCGAGUUCGCAUUACCUUGUUUCGUCUAGUGUUGCUAAAA